AUGGGGUUCUGCAGUCGAGAAGUGGCAUGUGAUCUUGAUAUCGAUGUGUUAUCUGAAUACAACGUGGCCUCUAGGAAGCGUUUCUCUCUGUUUGAGAGGGACAUUCAUUCAUUCGGCUUGGCUUUACUCAAGAGUUUGAUCGUUAACUUGAUUCAACAAGCGGCAGCCAUGGCGAGCACGAAAGUCCAGCGGAUUAUGACCCAGCCCAUUAACCUGAUCUUCAGGUUCCUUCAGAGCAAAGCUCGAAUUCAGAUAUGGCUUUUCGAGCAGAAGGAUCUGAGGAUCGAAGGCCGCAUUAUUGGGUUCGACGAGUACAUGAAUUUGGUUCUGGACGACGCCGAGGAGGUCAACGUAAAGAAGAACAGCAGAAAACAGCUCGGGAGGAUUUUGUUGAAAGGGGACAAUAUAACUCUGAUGAUGAAUACUGGCAAGUGA